AUGGAAGCCCUACAGUUUGUGAGUGAAGAACAUAAUAUUCAUUAUUUACAAAAUUCAGGAAAAUUUAUGCCUAAACCUCAAUUGUCUAAUAAUUUAUCUAACAACAGUACAAAUAGUUUUGAAAAUCAAAACGUAUUUUCCAAUAAUUUUAGACCUAACUUUCAGCCUAAUUUUCAACCAUUUAAUCCUAAUACUCAUAAUAACACACAAAAUAAUUUUGCACAAAAGCCCGUGUUUCCCUCACAGCCUAUUCAAAUUAGGCCUAAUGUAAAUCAACAACCGCAAGAGUUUUUCAUAAAUUCGCAAGUUUUUGGAAAACCAAAUUUUACUAGACCGAAUCCAAAUUUGCCACAACUUAAUACCACGCCUAUGAGCAUUUCAACAAACCAAAUAUCUAAUAGAUUUAGGCCGAAUAACAAUCCUAAUUUUAAUAAUUCACGUUCCACGCCUAUGAGCAUUUCAACAAACCAAACAUCUAAUAGCUUUAGGCCGAAUAACAAUCCUAAUUUUAAUAAUUUCCGUCCACCUCAAUUUGCCUUUGAGGAACUAUAUAAUAUCAAAACGGAAAAUGAACAAAAAUCUCAAUCUGAAAUUCAGAGUGAUAACUUCGAAAACGAGUAUGAAACUGAUUUUAUAAUACCGAAAAUUUAA